ACUAGUCUAGCGAAGUGAGUGCGUGAAGAUCGCUCUUCGUUCGACGGUCCGCGAUUCGACAACCUGUGUAAAUACUCGCGAUCCUACGCAUAGAACGAGAGGAGUCUCAGAGACGUAGGAAAUUACAUAGACAUCAAAAAAAUACACACGAUGAGUUCUGCAUUUCCGGAGGGCGCACCCAUUUACGGGCCCUUUUUCGGAGUAAUGGGCGCUGCCGCUGCUAUUAUAUUUUCCGCUCUGGGAGCGGCUUAUGGCACAGCCAAAUCAGGUACAGGCAUCGCAGCGAUGUCUGUUAUGAGGCCAGAACUUAUUAUGAAAUCCAUCAUUCCUGUUGUCAUGGCGGGUAUUAUUGCUAUUUAUGGGCUGGUAGUAGCGGUUCUUAUUGCCGGUAAUCUACAAGAACCACCAACCUACACUCUUUAUAACGGUUUUGUCCACCUGGGUGCUGGCUUAGCCGUAGGUUUUUCUGGUUUAGCUGCAGGAUUUGCCAUUGGUAUUGUGGGAGAUGCGGGUGUAAGAGGCACUGCACAACAGCCUCGCCUCUUUGUCGGUAUGAUCUUAAUUCUCAUCUUCGCAGAAGUAUUGGGUCUCUAUGGUCUCAUCGUUGCCAUCUAUUUGUACACAAAAUAAACAGCGCGUAGAGGCAAGAAUGCAAAACUUGUCGCCUGCAACCAACAACGCUCCCCGACUAUUAAAUAUUGCAACUUGUUUCAACAUUUUACUUAAUCAUAUACACACAUUACUUCGUUCAUACUCGCAUCGCCUCACUUGCGCAUACUUCUGUAAUGUUAUAUUCAACUCCAUAUGUUAGAACUUGUGCAUUUAACGUCUACACAAAUCAUAACGUGAAAGAUGUAUCUAUUGGAAGUACUGCGAUACAAACAUUGCUGCGGCAAGUCGAGACACGAAUGAUUUAAUUGAAUGAAUUAUUUCGAUCUUACGAAAGGAGGACGAAAUUUAAUUAAAAGAAAAAGUGAAAAUUCACAGGCGACAGGGAAUUACAUAGAGGAAAAAUACCCCAUGUCCCACGACGAAACAUUUCUCUCACUGUAUAGUAAUCAUUUCUAGCGUAGUUUGACAUUGAAUUAUCAAUUAAAAUAAUCGGCUCUACUGAAUGUAUAAAGAUGAGAAUGUUAUUCAUAAAAGAAUACUUAGCACAAUUAUAAUAUUAAAUGUAAUUGAAGUGGCAGUAUAUACAGCAUGCGACAAAGUACGAGGAAACGAAAGUACAUUUUUAAGAGGGAAGAAAGCCAGCAACAAAUGUUUGAAUUAUUAUGCAUGUAAAAGACGGCAUAAUAUAUACAGUCGUCGUACUAUGAUGGUUCUGUAACAAAAAAAAAAAAUAAUAAUAAAAAAAUAAAAAAAAAACAGAAUUCGUACAACCGAGAGAGGAUGCAAGGGGGACAAAGAAUGGUGUGUUAAGAGAGAGUCAACGGAAGAAGCGUGAAUGUAUUACGUAAAUGGAAAAAAAAUGAAAAAAAAAUGAAAAAAAAACAGAUAUGAUAGUAUUAAGUCAAUUGAAAAAAGGCUGCUGGACGUAAACGGCAUUUUGCGUUGUCUCUGAUCAUUGAGCAAAAUGCUAUCUUUGAUCACUGAGCAAAGUGUAUUGGGUUAUAGCAAAGGCCAGCGAUUAACCCAAUGGGAGAAAAAGAAUCGAAAUUAUUUCGUGCCCUAUCUGAAAUAUUGCACAUUAGUUUGCGAUUAGAGGAUAGGCACGGAAUUAUGAGUCGACCAACUUUAUUAUACGUGCCAGCAGAAAGAUGAUGGUGUUAUAGAAAGGAAAAAAAAAUUUCGCUUAUCUAAAGAAUCGUAUUACGAGAUAAAUGACGGAUAAAAAACAAUUUGUACAUUCCAUAAUAAGUUCGUUCGUUCAGUGCAGGUGAGCGGGCAGUAGUAACGUUUGUCAAACGCGUGGUCGUUAUCCAUUUUUUUGUUCUCUUCUUUUUUCUUUGUUUUGUUUUUCCAAUAAUAAUAACAAUGCAAUACGAUAUAAUAAAAAUACAAUACAGCAACAUAAUGUUAAAAAAAAUACAAAAAUACAUGCUACUUUGGAACAUUAAGAAAACUAUUCGCACACACGCUGUUUUAAUUUGAAGCUUUGCUGAUGGCUCUGCCAAUUCGCGAGAGGACAAAGCAUCAUAAGAAAAUGAAAUUGUAAAAUUUCUUUUGUUCGGAUUAAUCGUCAUGGGAGCUGACGAUUAGUCCCAUCAUAGAUGUGUACGGCCUUUCACAAUUGGUCAUCGCCACUUCCUUUAACCACCUCAUCGAUAGAUCAAUCAAUCAUCCAACCAACCAAUCAACCAACCAACCAACCAACCUACCAACCUGUGACCUUACAUUCGAAGACACGAGAUGAUGCUGUAUUCUAACGACAAAAAUGAAACGUUACGCCCACUUGCCGUGUUCAACAUUGAUUGUGCAGUAUUUUUUACACCUGCGAGAAUGAAUGAUGGGCUCGUUUUAAGUAUACAUUUAAGGGCACAUUUAUUGGUAAAAAGAACGUGAAACACGUUUUGAACUUCGGAAAUUAGAUAAAUAAAAAAAAUGUCCUUCGAUGGAGGAAUCUUUCAGAGUACAAAGAGAGAAGAGCACUCACGUCCUUUUCUGGAAAAUGUACUGAUUCUUUGGAGGAAAGAAAAAAAAAAAGAAAAUGAACCAAAAGCUUUUGUCAGAAUCAUUUGAUGGAAGGAAACGAACUUUUGGCAAAUUCCUAAGAUGUUUGUUGUUCCAAGAAAAUCUGAGGAAAGAAUGCGUGAUUAAGAACUGAGUUGAGAAAGGAACGAGAGUCGAAUAAAGAGAGAAAAAAGAGAAAAAACGAAAGAAGAAAAAAGAACUUUAGAUCUCGUAAAGAAAAAAAUAAAGAAGAGUGCAAAAACGAGCCGGGGAGGAGCGGUGGUGGGGAAUAAGCAAAUGAGAACGAAUUGGCACUUCAUAUUGAAGAACUCGGGCACAUAAGAAAGAGAGAGAAAGAGAGAGAUACGUCAGUUACCUUCCUUAUCCUCCCGACCCCUCCAUUCCGUGUAUAUAUAUAUGUAUAUAUAUUGUAUAUAUACAUAUAUAUAUAUUAUAUAUAUACAAACAUAUAUAUAUAUAUACCGUACGUGUAUAUACAUAUAUUUCAUAAAAAAAAGAUCCAAUUCAACAUUUUGUUUUAAGACGAUCGAUGGAAAUUAACAACAAAGAUGAUACCGAAUAAUACACAUACAUGUAUCAAUUAUAGUUUUUUUGUGCGCGUGUGAUGUAAAUACCAUUCACAAUGCUUCACGCUAUUAUUACAAUUUAGGCUAAAUAUUAAGUAAGGUAUUAUUAUAUACCAAAAUUUCUUGCGUAGCUCUGUAUGAACGAGAAAGAUAGAGAGAUAGAGAUAGAGAUAGAUAAAGAAAGAAAGAAAGAAAGAAAGAAAAAGAGACAGAAAGAGAGCAGAGAAAUACAGAAAGAAAGAGUAAGAGAUGCAAGAAAGUAAGAAAGAAAGAAAAGUGUAUGUGUGAGUAGUCAUAUGUGUGAUGUUUACACGAUGCGUGAAAGAUGGCGUGCAAGCAAGUAAAAAAGUAGUAUGUACGUAGGUACGUACGAUUAUGUAUGCGUGCAUGUAUGUAUGUAUGUAUGUGUGUAUGAUGUACGUAUGUUGGUUUGUUUGCGUUGUAUGAAAAAAAAAGAAUUGAGUAUGAACGUUAGGGAUGAAUGAAUAAAAAGUGAAAAAGAAAAAAAAACAAGAAUGAAAUAAACCAUUAGCAGAGGAAGAGAAAGGACCGCUGUCACAGCCGCCGCCGCCGCCAUCGCCGCCAACGCCAUCUCCGCCGCGCUCCCCCCUCCCCCAUACCCCUACCUUGAUUUCUUCCAGUGUUACUUAUAUAGACUCAUUGAGCGAAAUGAAAAAAAAAAACAA